GCACAUUACCUUUCUAAACACAUGCAUCACUGCUGUACUAAAACCGUAGCUAAGCUGCUCGACUUUACCGGAGAAACACGACCAUCUUACUGCCUCAGACUCUUUGCUCAGCCGUGCAGCGCUGGUUAUGUUACGGUGACAUCCUGAGAAAGUUCUCUGUCACUUUAGCCGACUGUGCUAACGCUAACGUGUUAGCCUCAGAGCUAAACCGCGACAACUGGAGCGGAUUUGUCCCGGCAGGUUCUGAGCUACGGUAAUGUUUCGUUAGGUAAAGUCACACUGUGUCGACUUUGACAGGUAAAAACUUGCGUAUUUAUUGUUUUAUCUUAAAAUAAAGAGAGAAAACAGCAGCUAGCCGGCUUCGACUUUCCAUACACCGCAAAGUCAACUCGACAGACCCGCCAGCGUCACCGUCGACUCGGCCAAUCAGAAAGCGGCUCUGUCCCUCAUCGACGAAUCAGAUAGCAGGGCUUCUACACGUGACGCGGGUCAACAGGGGACCAACAUGUCAGCCUCCAGUUGAGGAGGGAUGCUGUGAACUUUGGAGGAUAACGAGAGUUUCUGCAGUAAUGCUGAGUCUGACCAUAAGAGAGGUCUCUGCAGCUCUGAGGGAGGGAAAGCUGUCGGCCACAGAGCUGUGCAGAAGAUGCCUCAACCGCAUCAAGAAAACACGCUAUCUCAACGCCUACAUCACUGUAACAGAGGACCUGGCCAUGAAACAGGCGCAGGAGGCAGAGCUCAGGCUAACCAGAGGUAAACCUCUCGGUCCGCUGGACGGUAUUCCUUUUUCUGUUAAAGACAACUUCUGCACGGAAAACGUAGAGACCACCUGCGCCUCACACAUGCUAAGAGGUUAUUUUCCUCCAUUCAGUGCCACGGUGGUGCAGAAGCUAUUGGAUCAGGGUGCUGUGCUUGUAGGGAAGACCAAUUUAGAUGAGUUUGCUAUGGGAUCGGGCAGUAUAGAUGGUGUGUAUGGUCCAGUGCGGAACCCCUGGAGUUACGCUAUCUCGUACCGUGAGCAGAGCAGGAAACAGGAUCCUGAGUCUGAUUGGGUGAUCGCAGGCGGGAGCUCUGGAGGAAGUGCGGCUGCUGUGGCCUCUUUCAGCAGCUUCAUGGCACUGGGGUCUGACACAGGAGGCUCUACACGUAACCCUGGCUCCCUGUGUGGGCUGGUGGCUCUGAAACCCACCUAUGGCCUGCUCUCACGCCAUGGCCUCAUCCCUCUGGUCAACUCCAUGGAUGUCCCAGGCAUCAUGACCAGGACUGUGCAUGACGCAGCUACAGUGCUGGGUAUUCUCCAGGGCCGUGAUGAAAAAGACUCCACUACAGUCGAAUCCCCUGGCUUACCGUCUAACCUUCCAGAGGAGUUUGAUGUCAGAGAUAUUUGCGUGGGCGUACCAAAGGAGUAUCAUGCCCCGGGGAUGUCGGCUGAGACCCUGGCGCAGUGGGGGCGUGUGGUGGCCCUGUUUGAGCGUGCUGGGGCGCGAGUCAAAGAGGUUUCGCUCCCUCACACGCAGCACUCCAUCGUCUGCUACCACAUGCUCUGCUGCUGCGAGGUGGCGUCCAACAUGGCGCGCUUCGACGGCCUGCAAUACGGUCACCGGAGCACAGUGGACAGCUCUACUGAAGCACUUUACGCCACUACACGUCACGAGGGCUUCAACAGCGUUGUCCGCAGCAGGAUCCUUGCCGGGAACUACUUCUUAUUGAAACAGAACUACGACCGUUACUUUGUGAAGGCCCAGCAGAUCAGACGUCUGAUUACAGAAGAUUUCCGGCGCGUGUUCCAGUCAGGUGUUGAUGUGCUUCUCACGCCCACCACGCUGAGCGAUGCAGCGCGCUACUCUGACUUCAUCCAGGAAGACAAUCGCACACGCAGCGCUCAGGAAGACAUCUUCACCCAGCCAGUCAACAUGGCAGGUCUUCCUGCCGUUACCGUACCAACAGCGCUCUCAAGCAGAGGCCUUCCUAUCGGCCUGCAGCUGAUUGGACAGUCUUUCCAGGACAUGAAGUUGCUGACAGUGGCCAAUUGGAUGGAGCAGCAGCUCGACUUCCCCAUCAUCCGUUUCCAUGACGACGCAGCGGAGGGGAAGACAGACAGACAGGACCAGGAACGAGAAUGCAAAUUGGGGUCGUGAAUGAUAAUAGCGAGGGUCAUAUUGGUGCGGCGUACAAACACAAUUUGCACUCAAAUAAGAAAUGCAUUCAUUCUGAAGAGAGCGGCCUUAUUGCAGGUAUCUGGUUUCGGAGCCGAUUUCCAUCUUGUUUUGUACCCAUGCUGCAGUUUGUGAAUUCAGUAAACUGAGCUGUGUUUGACAUCCUGGACAGCCCUUGUGUCUCUGAAGAUUGAGUUACUUACUCCUACGUGCCCCUGAGAACCUCCUGACAUUUGAUGCCUUCAGAUUUCAGUCUGGGGGAAAGUAAAACCAGUGACUCAAUUUGCUUAAAUGAAGCGGUCAGGGCCGGAACCUAGAAGCCAGAGCACGUCUCAGACUAUACAACAGCCCGAUUGGUGUGGAGCAUUCUACCGAAUUGUUGACUUAGACUUUAAAACCCUUUUGAAUUAUCCAAUACCUUAAUUAUGUUCAUUUUAUUAAACAAAUGAUUGUAGUUCCAUUUUGUCACUGCCAAAACACUGUCAUAACACUACUGAAACUUUACCAAAUGAUUCAGUAGUGACUGUUUCAGUUGUGAGAAUUUUGCCUCUUUUUGUGCAGAACUCAAAAACGCUAGUCAGUACAUGACUAGCAGACACAGCUUUGGACAGUUGUACACACAUAAAAUCAUAAUCAUAAAAUGUAUGUAAUUGCUGAAAAUAUGUU